GCCAGGCUGAUCGCCUAUGCCCAAGUUGAGUGGGCAGCCAGCGGGUUUGGCCGCGCCGCCGCCCUUCCCUGCCUCCGCCCUAGCCCCUCGCCCCGCCUGUGUGUGACCCCGGCCAACAAGGAUGCCGACCCCUCCCCUUUCCGGCUCCUCGGGUGUCCCAGCCGCAUUCUGCUGUUCGUGGGUAGAGGCUCGGGCCUUUCCGGACCAGACCGGACGUCUAACCGUUCUAACAGCCGUAAAGGGAUGAUGGAGCUGCGGGCCAUUGCCAGGCUCCACUCCCAGUGAUGGUUCCCUGCUGUUACAAGGUUGUUUGAGUGAGCCCUUUCUGGGUGCUUGUCACUUUGUCUCUGCAAGUGAUCACUCCUAUGAAUGCCAGUCUCUGUGUGGGCAGCUGUGAGUAGAGUGAGCCUCUGCUGGGGACCCAAGUCCCGGUUCACCAAUUUCUCCAACAGGCAAUUGGGAUGAAACCUCACCAGCACCUCAGUCUCUCUUCCCUUCCAUUGCCUACUGUUCCCCUUAGGCCAGGUGAGACCCAGCAGCCAGGAGCCUGGAACUGGCAAUCAGAGCCUGAGCAGUGGGCAAGGUCAGUUCGACAGCAGUUGAAUGCCCAGCUCCUCUUGGCCUCAGAGCCAAAGAGAGGUUCAUCUCCUGAAGAGGCAUUAUCUGAAGACCUUGAAUCCCAGCAUUCCAUCUAUGUUCCAGACGAAGAAAAGCAGCCCUGGGACGGUCAGAGGAAACAGAGGCAGUUCUUAAAGGCAGUGACCCAGUCACAGCAGCCCACAGUGCUGGAGCUCCUGGUAGCUGAGCUCCAAAAUCUGUUCUCAGCUGUGCUGAAGGAUGGCAGUCCUGCAGCUUGGCACUACCUGCAUGCAGUGUUGCGUCUACUGCCUCCAUAUCGUGCAUUACUUGUUGGUCACCUUGAUUUGCUGCCCUUCCUGGAACAGUUGUCCCACUGGGCCCCCUGGGUCCAAUCCCAGCUCCAGCUAGACCUGCUAGAUGCCAUAGAGCAGGCCUUUCCCCCAGAUACCUCUUUGUUAGAAAGUGCCUCUCAUAUUGAGUGCUGUCCCCAGAAGCAGAAGUUCCAUCAUGGGCCCCCACACCCAGCCUGCCCUUUUGUACAGGCCCGGUGGGGUGGGCAGCAAGUAGGGGAGGAAUUGGCUACAUGGCUGCGACCAUUGACACUGCCUGAGCUACAGCACAGCCUGGGUAUUGUUGGUGCUCAGGUGGCCCUGACAGAGACCUGGUGGGUAGAUGGCCUAAGCCUUCUGCCCUUGGCACUGGCAACAGACAUCCCUGUACAGUAUGAAAGCCAAGGCACUGACAACACAGCGGAGGAACCUGUUGGAAGAAAAGAGACUAAGUCUCAGCUUGAUCCAGAAGUUCCUGGGAAGAAGACCUUCCAGAAGAGAAGCACUGUCUUCUCACUUCAGACUUCCCUCCUGGGUAGCCAGGUGAUGACCAUUCUGAAGACUGAGAGAUACCUGAAGAAGAUCCACUUCCUCUAUCUCAAUGUAGCUCCCAGCCGGUACUUUAGGCCCUAUAACCUGGUCGUGGUGCCACCAAAGAAGGUGAACCCUGAGCACUACAUCUUCUCUCCCUUUGGGAUCCUGCACAUACAUCCUGUGGAGGGCAGUGAGACAAUAACGCUGGGUACCUGGCACCGCCACUCCGUCCUCUGGCAGCAGCUCCAGUUCAUUCCAUUCUUCAAAUAUUGCCUCUUAUACAAGGCCUUGGCUCGUUGGAAGAGGAGUGUGAAGUUACAGGGACUGCAGCGGUGCCGAACUUUCCUAGAGAAGCAUCUGCUCUUGGCUGUGCCCCACUUUGGAGCUGGGCUUCUGCAUAUUAGCAGGCUUCUGCAGGAGCUGCGCUCUGUACCGUGGCUUCCCCAAGAGCCCAAUCGAAGCUACAAGCUGCUGGACCUACAGCGGGCUCUAGCCAAGGAGAACCACAAGGCUCUGCGGCUGCUCCAUCGCUGCCUGCACCUCUGCACAUCCAUCUUUCAACUGGUUCACGAGGAUACGUAUCACAUGCAACAGGGCCUACAGGAGCGAGUGAAAAACUGCAAGAGGAUCAGGACAGACCAGCGCUCCGUAUAUCUUCAGAGGGUACAGUGCCAGCAGCUGGAGCAGAAGCUGAAGCAGGCAGAGUCCUGGUUGCUGCGGCUGGGACAUUUGGCCCGCCUAGUAGACUACAUGAUUUGCCAGAGCCUUGUGUCUAUCAUAGAGGAGGAGAUAACCUCCUUUGUGGCCAACAUCCUACAAGCCCCAAGGCAGAAACCUUUUCUCUCAGCCCAGCUGGUCUUUGACAAUUGUGGCCAGCUGUCCCAUGAGCCAUGUAUUGAAAAUAUGAUCCAGAUUCUAACUGGGGGCCUGCAAUCUGUCAAGGCCUCUGUCCUGAAGGUAAUGCAGUCUACAGACCUGAAGACCCCCUGGGACUCCUUGUAUUCUGAAGAAAAAGAAGAGGAAGAGGAAGAGGAAGAGGAAGAAGAAGAAGAAGGAGAAGGAGAAGGAGAAGGAGAAGGAGAAGGAGAAGGAGAAGGAGAAGGAGAAGGAGAAGGAGAAGAAGAAGAAGGGAACACAGAAUUCGUGAUGCCCAAACUUCAGGGCCAGCCCAGCGAGGCUGUGCACAUCUUCUGUGGCCCAAAUAUAGGAUUGGUGUGGCCCUGGAAGUCUCACACAGUUACUCAAGCCUUGGAGGUCCGUGGGUACCAGCUGGGGGGCCAGUUCUUGCCCUUCAACUUUAAGCAGCUGCAAGAGGACCUGGACAACAGUCCCCGAAUCCAGCAGGCACUGACUAUGCAACAGACCUUGCUGGAGGGCAUGCUGCGGGAGGUGAAGGAAUUCUGCAGGGAACAUCACUGGAUGACAGGCAUUCACGAGUUCCUGAAAGCCUGGGGGCCUCAGAAGCUGGAGUCCAUGAGAGGUUGUCCUAUCAAGAACUACGUAAUGCUGGUGAGCUGCCUGAACGUUUGGCAGACCCGUGUCUCCAAUAUACCUAACAAGUUAGUCACAAAAGGCAGAUUGAUGCUGCUGAGCUGCCAUCAUGUACAGUUAGAGAUGGAAUCCAAGCUGGAUAGCAUCAGGAGGGACAUUCUUACACAUGUGCAGAAUGAGUGCCGGACCCGCAGUCAGCAACUAAUAACAGAGCUCAGGGAUUUCACGGAGGUCUUCCAGGGCAUCAAUUCAGACAUUGAUGCCAUUGCACGGUGCUCCCAAAAGUUAAAUGAAGCCAACGAGCAGUACAACAUGCUGGAGGAGCGCAUGGAAUACAUACAGUCACUCCACGAAGUCAUCCGCAACCACUUUAGCCUCUUUAGUGAUGAGAAUGAGGCCCUGGACAUCUCGGUGAGAAGGCAAUUCCUGAAGUCACCCAUGCCUCACCCUCCUCCCCGAUGCUCGCUUCUUGACUGCACUCUGCUUGCCCCACAGCUCCUGGAUGUGUGGGAGGCAUUUCAAUUCGAGAAAAGCCAGGCCUCAGAGUUCCUGCUCAGCAAGCGAUAUGCUAUCGUGCCCAAGCUGCAGCAGCUGAUAGCAGCAGCAUUGGUGGAGCUGGAAGGCCUGAUUGACAAGGCCCUAUCUGGCCCCUUCAUGGACCCAACCCAAGAGCAGAGGAGCACUGAGCGCCAGCUCAUCUCCCUGGAGCGUCAGUUCCAGAACACAGCCAGCCACCUCAGUGAGCUGCACCAUGCCUAUGCCACCUUCACUGGGGACGAGAGUCCUGUGCCCUUGCCAGUCUGUGGGACCCGUCCGAUUGUGCAGCAGCAGCGCAUCUGGCACCUGUACCGAGUCAUCUCGGAAAACAUCAGCGAAUGGAAGUGCAUGGCUUUUGCCAAGUUCAGCAUGACUAUGGCCCAGGAGAAGACCGAUGGCUGGCUGACAGAGGCAGCCCGGAUGAGUACAACCCUGGGACUGCACAGCCCAGUUCUGCAGCACUGCAUGCGCAUGCUGGAGGAGUUUCGCAGCUACCUGCCAUUACUGACCAAGCUCGGCAGCCUCCAACUCCAGAACUUUCAAGCCCUUCUUCAAGCCCUAGGGCUAGGCAGUCUCCACAACAUGGAACUCCUAACACUGGGCCAGCUGCUCAGUUGUCCGCUGCUGGAAUUUGCAGAUCGAAUCAAUCAGAUCUGGCAGUGUGAAAAUGAAAGAGUCCAUGCCCAAGAAAUCCUCCGGCAGCUGCAGCAGGGCUGGGAGACACGCCAGCUGCGACUGAUCAACUUCAUCCUGCACGUGCCCUAUGAGCCCCCAGCAUCGGAGCACUCCAAGAAGCACGAGGUCCGCAGCCCCCAGUGGGAGGUGGUGAGCCAGGACAGCGGCACCUUCGUCCUCUCAGAUUACAGCAGCCUGCAGGAUUCUAUCCAGGAAAGUCUUCAGAUGUUGUUCAAGAUCCUGGCCAUCCAAAAGUCAGGAGACUUAAACAAAAUAGCUUUGGAGUGGGUGACCAUCAUGCAUAGCUUGAGUGCUCUGCUGAAGGUGUGGGUGAUUUUUCAGCAGAAGUGGAUUUUUCUGAAUAAAGUUCUGCACGAGAUGAAGAUUGAGUUUCCUAAUCCUGACCUGAACUCCCGGUUCAAGGCCAUGGAUGAUCAGUAUCGGACCCUGAUGUUGAUCUCUGUAGGUGACCCCUUGGUUCUGUCACUUAUAGUGCCGAGUGUCAAACGGAGCCCUCAUUUCCAAGGCCAGCAGCUGCAACAACUGCUGCAAGCAGGCUCAGUGGAGCUGGAGGGCAUCAUUAUGGCUCUGAAGAGCGUGCUCUAUCGGGUGUGUACUCAUUUCCCCCGCCUCUUCUUCCUUAGUGAUAGUGAGCUGGUGGCACUGCUGGCUUCCCCACUGGAGUCGUGUGAGGCCCAGCUGUGGGUACGACGCUGCUUUCCUCAUGUGCAUGCUGUGAGCUUCAAGUCCAGCCCAACCGAUAGAAACACAGGUGACCGAGAGUCAAGCCCAAACACAUCCACUCAGAUGGAGGCAGUGGCAGUGCUUGGGGCAGGUGGGGAGGAGGUGAAGCUGCCGGUGUCCAUUCCUCUGCAUCCAGAUCUCCCCAAAUGGCUGGCCUUUCUGGAGAAUUGCCUGCGUUCGGCACUGGUGCACAUGUUGCAGGACUGUGUGGCAUCCCGUCUUGCUCUGGGCCCAUCCCUAGAUGAGACCUUCAAGCAGCUGCCCCAGAAAGGCCAGCUGCCCCCACAGCUAUAUGUCCACCACUGGCUCGACCUAGUCCAGGCCUUCCCAUGGCAGUGUGUGCUGGUGGCAGAGGAAGUGGUAUGGUGGGCGGAGAUGGAGGAGGCUCUGCUUGAGGGGAGGACCCUGGCCAUGGUCCCCAUGCAUGUGUGCAAGCUUGAGGCACUGGUACAUUUUAUACGGGCCCAGAGGGCCUCCCAGGGUGAGCAGUCCCUGCCUUCUGUCCGCCAGACCAGCCUGCUCAGUGCCCUGCUGGUCAUGGCAGUGACUCACCGAGAUAUAGCACAGCUGCUGCAGGAGCACCAGGUCAGUGAUCUGAGAGAUUUCCACUGGGCUCGCCAACUCAAAUACCACCUGGGUUCACCUGACGCCAUCCCCCAGAGCCCUCUGCAGAGUCUCAAGACUAUUGCAUCUACUGAGACUUCUCCAUCGCCAGCUGCAUGUUGGAUAGACGUGCUAGGCCGGUCCUUCCUGUACAAUUAUGAGUACCUCGGUCCCAGACUAGGGUCUCUGCCCAGCCUGCUGCCCGAGCGGCCAGCCCUGGUACUGUUAUUAGCCUUGGAGGAGGUAGCCUGUGGAACUCUACUGGGUCCUGAUGGAGUGGGCAAGGCAGCCAUGGUGAAGAGCCUGGCACAGGCCCUGGGGCGCCAGCUGGUGAUGAUGCCUUGCCUGCCUCAGAUAGAGGCCCAAUGUCUGAGCAACUACCUGAAUGGUGCCUUGCAGGGUGGUGCCUGGCUGCUGUUGGAAGCAGCUCAACGCCUGCCCCUUGGCUUGCUCUCUGCCCUGGGCCAGCGCCUAGCUGAACUGCAACACCUCUAUGCUCCACUGUAUCAAGAAGCCUCCAGAAGCACCAGCACUGUCGACCCCACGCAACCCCAGGUCCUCGGCAGUGGCUUAUUUGAGAAACAUCAUGUAUAUAUACGCCUUGGCUAUGGUUCUCUCCUGACGCUGCGUUCCCUGAGCCCUGCUGUGCCUGCCAACCUGCACUUGCUACUGCGGCCUGUGGCAUUGACACUGCCUGACCUGCAACAAGUGGCAGAGCUGACCCUACUGGGUGCAGGGAUGCGGGAUGCCUCCCGCAUGGCUUCCCGCCUAUCUAAAUUCUUCUCCCUAGAGCGUGAGCUGGUGGCUGCACCUCUGCCUUGCCGCCUGCCGCUGCUCAAGCAGGUACUAGAAGACAUGAUACAGGAUUUAAAUGCAACCAAGGACGAGUCCAAGUCCCUAGCUGUGAUUGAGGAAGCUGCCCUACUGCGAGCUCUGCUACGUUCACCACUGUUCAGCAUCCUCAAGGGUACCCAUCUGCACAACCUCCAAGAGUUGCUCUGUGGGCUCUUCCCUAAUGCCAGACAGGUGCUGGCGGAGCCUGUAGCACAUACACUGAAGAAGCCACUGCUGCUGGAGGAACUGCAGCAGAUAGGCCUCCAUCCCAGCCCUGAAAUUUUGGGAUCCUUGGAGCAGCUGAGACAGGCUCUGGGCCAAGCUCUGGGGGUUUUGCUCCUGGGCCCUGCAGGCAGUGGCAAGACCACUUGUUGGCACAGCUUAUUUAAGAUCCAGAAUCGGCUGGCAGCCAGGGAGGACACCUCAACCCAGGGCUGCCAGCCUGUGGAGAUCUCACACCUGUAUCCCAAUGUCCUCAGCCCCCAGGAAUUCCUGGGAUGGCUAGAAGGUCCCUGCUGGCACCAUGGCAUCUUCCCUAGGCUGCUUCGGACAGCCAGUCCAUGUCAGACUGUGGGCCCAAAGGAGCCACCACAGGAAUCAGGUGGGAUCCAGCACUGGAUAAUAUGUGACGGGGUUGCCAGUGCCGCUUGGAUGGACUCCAUCACUUGCCUCCUGGGCGAAGUCCCCCAGCUCAGCCUCCCCAAUGGUCAACAGAUAGCACGACCCCCAGGUACUUUUCUCCUGAUGGAGGUGGGAGAUGUAACAGGCAUGUCUCCCGCAGUGGUGGGCCAGUGUGCCCUAGUCUGGUGUGGUGGGGAGCAGACUUGGAAGGAUAUGCUUAGUGUCCUGAUGGCAGCCCUGCCCCAUGAGUACCACCUGCAGCUCCAGACAGUCACUGAGCUCAACCACCUUGCUGAAGUGCUGGUGCCAGCAACAUUCGGAUUCCUCACCCACCAGGGUGCCAGCUCCCUGCUGCAGGUACAUGGGCAGCAGGCCAUUUGCCCAGGCGUGGCUGAAGUCACCAGCCUGGCCCGUGUCUUACGUUGUCUUCUUGACCCCCACCUGCGCAUAGAUGAGAAGGAGAAGGCACAUAUCUCAGAGGACCUCAGCUUUAGCGAUCCUAUGGCCCAAAGCUGCAAGUCCUCCAAAAGCAGCUCUCUGAACCUGCCUCAGGUUGACAGUGAUGAUGUACCUAAUCAGCGCAAGGAGCACUUGCUGGCUGUCAGCAGCUUUCUUUUUGCAUUGAUCUGGGGCUUUGGAGCCCACCUUCCCUCCAGGCUCUGGCCCCUCUUUGAUACCUUCUUGAGAGAUUCUAUUAGUUGCCUCUCCGACUACCCUGAGCCACCAUCUUCAGCCUUGGUGUUUGAUCUACAUGUAUGCCCUGAGACUGGGACUCUGGUCCCCUUCACUGGCCAUUACCUGGGCAGCCGCAUCAGGGGAACUCUGGGCACGUUUAGCCCUUCUCCACAGACUGAACGGCUCUUAUAUGUGGUGGACCUGCUUCUGUCAGAGGGACAUCCAGUGAUGCUGGCUGGAGAGGCAGCAACAGGGAAGUCCACCUUUGUGGAGAUGCUAGUGGAGCCACACCAUUCUUACACGUGCAGCCCCAUCCACUCUGCCUUCACUCCCCUCCACCUUCGCCUGCUGCUGAGUCAAGGGGUCCAGGGCCAACCACAAGCUGCCCCACGGCCUGGGCAGCACCCAGAUUCUAAAGGCUCCCUCCUCUUCCUGCUGGAGGAUCUGCACCUGGCCGCUUCUGACCCACAGAAGAGCUGCCAGCCAGUGUUGGAGACUCUGCGCCAGGCCAUAGAUGGCACGGUCUAUGCCCACCACACCCUGGAAUUGCAGACUCUGCAGCCCACAGUCAACUUCCUUGCCACUGCCACAGUGCCAGGCUUCUGUGAGCGCCCGCUGUGCCCACGUCUGUUUAGACUCUUCACAGUGCUGGCCCUGGGUAGCAUGACCCAGGCCAUGCUGCUGAGCAGGCACACACCUAGCAUCCAGGCCUGGCUUGAGCGCUUUCCGUCUGUGGAACGGGAGGGGGUUCUAGCAAAAGCUCUGGUCCGGGCCUCCGUGGAGGCCUGGGAGGCUGUGCACAACUGCUUUCUGCCUUCCCCCCUCCACCCACAUUACCGCUUCUCCCUGCACUCUGUGAGCCAACUACUGGGCAGCUUGCAGCUGCUACCAACCAGGAUGGGUUCCCGGGGAUUUCUGGACUGUCCCAACCAUCAGGAGCACUUGCGCCGGGUGUCAGGCUUGCGUGGCACCCGCCUGACAAUUAUGAUGGCUAUGCGCAACAUGGUACGUCUUUGGUUGCAUGAGGCACAGAGAACUUUUUGUGACCGGCUGGACAGCCCUAGGGAACGCUCCUACUGUGCCAACCUGCUCCUAGAAGUAGCUCAGAGUGUCUUCUGCUGCAGGCCGGCACCCCAGAACAGGGGCAAAGGCUAUGAGGAGGAGGAUGAAGAAGAGGAGGAGGAGAAGGUACCUGAAGUGGAAUCUGAGGGGGAGUUGGCCCAGUGGGAAGACUUAAGCAACAGCGGCAGUGAGACAGAGGAGGAGGAGGACCCUUAUGGCCUUCAGGUCACCACGGGCUCCCCCUCCAAUGAUCCAGGUCUAGCACCUUCCAUAGCACCAGUAAAGAGAGAGACCACAGAAGGUAUAAACCAGGAGGAAGACACAAAGUCUUCUGGCUACAAACUACAGUUAAACAGAAACAAGAAUUGGUGGCAGAAAACAUCCCAGAUAGACCUGGCCUCACCCCUUUUGCUACCAGUGCUGCUACUACGCCCCCAGGAAAAGCCCUCAGACCUAGUCUUCAGUCAGGAGCUGAUACUAGGAUCCAACUCUGAGAGCCCCAGCUUGUACCUGGAACGGCAGUGGGAGAGCCUGGAGGAGCAGCUGUCCACUGCAGCAGCUCAGCUGAAGCUGAGCGCCCACCUUGCCCGAUGCCACUCCAUGGCCGAGCACGUGGCCCGCCUGGUCCGGGUGCUGGCCAGGCCCCGGCAGCAUGGCCUAUUGCUCUCAAGGGCUCUGGGUACUGGGCGCCAUACUGCCAUCACUCUGGCAGCUAGCAUUUAUCAGGCCCGCCUCUUCCAUCUGCCGUCUGGCUCAGAGGAGGCCAUUCUCCAGUGUCUACGGGAUGCCAGCUGGCAUGCUGGCAUGUUAGGCCAGCCAGUGGCCCUGCUGGUACCCAAGGGUGUGGAUAUUACUACCCUUCAUCGUCUGCUGGCCCUGGCAACCUCAGGCAGUUUCCCUGACCAGUAUACAGAGGCAGAUCUGGACAGCAUUGAAGAACAUCUCCCCAGGGAGAACCUUAGUGUCAAGCAGAACAUCAAGAAGGAAAUGCUGUUGCAGAGGUUCUAUCAGCAAGUCUGCAACCACCUGCACAUGUUCAUCCUGAUUGGAGAUGACCAGGCCCAUAAACAGCUGCCCUCCACCCUUUUCCUGAGGCUUCUUCAAUUGGCCAUUGCUAGCAUUGACCGCUAUGAACCCUGGGACCAAGACUCCCUGAUCAGUGUGGUCCAGCACUACCUGGAGAGUGAUCAUAAUCUAUCCGUUGAUGGUGACUCCUUGAAGUACCCAGACCUCCAGGCAUCAGUUCCCAGUGUGGCCAAAGCCAUGGCUCUCAUCCAUCUCUCGGCUGCCAGCUACCAUGGACACCUAUGCCCUGAGUUGCCACUCGUCACCCCCAAGACCUUCCUAGACUUUCUGGACACCUUCAUGCUGUUGCAGCAACAGAUGACUCUGCAAAUUAAGAACAAGGCCCAGCGGAUCCAGAAUGCCUUGGACAAUCUGAGAAUGCUGAUUGAAAAGCACAAUGCCUACACCAACUUUGUCUUCAACUUGGAACAGUUGCUGAAAGGCUCCCACAAGAACCUCCGAAUACUUCAGCAGCAGCUAGACAAAGGCAAGCUGCUAUUCAGGCAGCAGCUGGCAGAGUGUCAGCAGCAGGAGAACCUCAUUGAGAACCUGACCAAGCAGCGGGAUGCCCUCCGGGAUCAGUAUGAGGCUUUCCUGGAGCAGAUGGGCAAGGCAUUCCUGGGGCCUCUGAGCCAGCUGCAGGUGGCUGACUUUGAGGAGAUACGGAGCUAUCGAGCACCACCAGAAUCUGUGGUCCAAGUGACAGAUGCACUGUGUGACCUGUUCCACUGUGAAACAGGCUGGGCCAGCGCCAAGCAGCUCUUGUGCAGUGAGGAUUUUUAUCAGGAGCUGGUAUUCUUCCCCAAGGAGAAGAUGACGGACUCAGAGAUGAUCAAGUUAACCCAAGCUCUGAAGGCUCCAGGUAUGACUGAUGCAGCUCUGCGGGCAGUAAGCGUACCUGCGGCCAGGCUGGCAGCCUGGCUCUGGGCUGUUCUGCGCUAUGGGCUGGCACAGCGCCGAGGACUGCCCACGGGCUUGCUGCUGCGGCAGAUAGAGGCCACCCUGGCUCGGGAGCAGACCCGCCUGGGCCACUACCAGUUCCAGGCCCAGGAGAUCAUAGAGCACAAUUUGGAUCUGGCCAAAAAGCUAGAAGAUACCCAGACUUCACACAACCAUUUGAUGGAGAAGCUCAGUCAGGCUCAGUGUGACCAGUAUCGCAAGUGGCCCAUCAAGGCUGCCCUGCUCACACCCAUGCAUUCUUGGACUACAGAGCUCCAGAAGUUGAAGGGGCACUGUGCCACUGUGUCUGGAGACGCCCUUCUGUGUUCGGCUGCCAUCGUCUACCUGGGUCCUUUCCCGCCACUGCGGCGCCAGGAGCUACUAGACAAGUGGCUGGCUCUGUGUAGGGGCUCUCAGGAGCCCCUGAACCCAGAUGAUGUGGCCCAGGUACUGAAGCAGAAGCAGAGAUCAGUUGUCAUGCCACCAAAGAACCCCCUGCUCUCCACACGCUCUCCCUUCAGCCUUCUGUCCUUGCUGAGCUCCGGAUCUGAACAGUGCCAGUGGGACCGGGACCUGAAGCCCCAGGCGAAGUCCGCCCGCUUGGCAGGCCUGCUUCUGCGGAGUCGCACCCACUACUCCAGUUGUCGUUGGCCUCUGCUGCUUGACCCCAGCAACCAGGCCCUCAUCUGGCUGAACCCACUACCUCUGCAGGAGACCAGAUGCUUGGCCCCAGGUCCCACUGAGUGCAGAGGGGAGAGCUUUGUGAGAAAUCAAGAAAAAGAAGAGGCUAUGGAAGAAGAUGAUGAUGACAGUAGUGAAGAGUCUAAUGAGGCUGAGGACAAGGCAAAAGAGCAGAAGACUGAGGACAAGGCAAAUGAGGACGAAGAGGGAAAAAAGGAACAGGAGCAAGAGCACAAGGAGGAGGAGGAGACAGAGAGGGAGGAGUCAAGGCCAGCCUCUGAGACUGGGUCUCUGCCUCUUCCCUGCCUUCAUGUGCUCUCGGGCACUGACCCAGAGUUGGGUCCUCAGCUUCAGGAGGCAGCUGCCAGUGGCCUGCCCGUGCUACUGACCAACGUGGAGCUGGGCCUAGGCUGCCAGGAACUGCAAUGGCUACUUCGGCGGGAGAAGCUGAGUGCUCCUGAGGUGCAGCCUGGCUUCUGUCUCUAUCUGAGCACUACUCUCCCCCUCAGUGCCUUGGGAAAAGUGCUAGGUUACGAAGUGUUGAAGGGGCUGAAUGUGCUGGAUCUGAGCCUGAACAUGGAUAUCCUAGAAGAACAGAUGCUGCAUGAAAUCUUGUGCAUAGAGUGUCCCGAGCUCAAGAACCGCUGGCAGGACCUAAAGACCAGAAUCCUAGACAGCUGUGAAGCUGUGGAGGCUGCUGAGGAGUGGCUGCUGCUGCUGCUGCUCCAGAACCCAAAUCAUCAGAAACCAGCUAAAUUCCUGCGGGGCUUGGUGAGGGCCCAGGCAGAGCUGUGUCAGUUACGUGCCCACUCAGAGGACCUAGAAGACAUGAGACUGCAGGAGGUGGCAUUGUGGGUACCCUAUCGCCGUGUGGUCUGGCAUGGAAUGGCCAUUAUAAAGGCCCUUAGCCCACUGCAGAACCUGCUGCCACCUUUCCGUAUGAGCCCAGACAACUGGCUGGCAGCCACCAAGCGGGCUCUGAACAGCAUGAAGCAGCAUGAGACUCAUCAGGGGGAGGACUUGCCCAGCCAUCUGCUGCAUCUGAGAAAACAGCUGACCCGCCAGCUACUGGGCAGUGCUGUGGCUGCACUGGGCCUGACCCAAGUACCGCUGGUGGGUGCCUUGGGUGCUUUGGCUCUGCUGCAAGUGACAAGGAAAGCACCAGAGCUGGAGAGGCUGGCAUUUUGGCCUGGCCUGGCAGCCUCUCCUAGCACAGGCUGCAGCAAGCCAGGUGUGGCACGGCCAGCCUGGCUAGGACUGAGAGCCUGGCAUGAAUGCAGGAUGCUGGAGCUGCUGCCCCCAUUUGCUGGGCUGUGUGCAUCGCUGGCAAGCCACUCCAGUGUCUGGAAGACCUACCUGUCACUGUCAUCCACAGUGCUGGGUCCUGCGCCUGGGCCUGGGCCUGAUCCACUCAGCCUCUUCCAGAAGCUGGUUCUGUGGCGUGUGCUACGACCUGAGUGCCUGGCAAGGGCCCUGGCCGACUUUACCACCAGCCUCCUGGGGCGGCCCCUGGAUGGAAACCUGGGUGCCUCCAGCAUACCCUUCGAACACAGCCAGGCUACUCAGCCCAUGCUGAUCUUGUUGCCGCCACCUGGCCACCCCACAGCCACCUUGCAUCCCCUCACUGUCCUCCAGAGGCUGGCUGCCAAGCAUGAGCAGGGGCAGAAGCAUCUGGAGGUGAUUGCCCUGGGCUCUGAAGCCUGGGACCCGGUCUCAGUAGUGGUCAGCACUCUCUGCCAGGCCAUGCAUAAAGGGCACUGGCUGGUGCUGGAGAACUGUCAUCUGAUGCCUCACUGGCCGAAGGAGCUGCUACAGCCCUUGCUGGGGCUGUUGGAUGGAGCCAGGGUGGUCUCGGACCUGGAGUUAGAACUGCUUCCAGCCCAGCUGGCAAGCAGGAGUGUGAUGACCGUCCACAGAGACUUCCGUCUUUGGCUUAUCUUAUCUGCAGAGGCUGUUGGUUCCAUACCAGCUGUGCUGACUCACCACUCCAUGCCUGUGUUCUGGGAUCAGUCCCUGGAGCUGGGCCACGUCUUGAUUGACAGUCUGGAGCUAGCCCAGCAAGGACUCUCUGUGCAACCCCCCACCAGGACCCUGCCUCUGCUCCUCUUACACGGCCUCCUGCUACACAGGCAGCUCUACGGAAUGAAGCUGCAGGCACACAGGGGGCGCUGGAGUCAAGUGACCCUGACCCAGGUCCUUCAGAUUCAAGACCAGCUGUGGGCCAGCCUUAGCAAUCCCAGUGUUGCCAUGCAGGAGCUGGCUGCUUCAGUUUUCUAUGGGGGUCCUGUGGGAGACAAGAAGGACAGGGAGGCCUUGAUUAGCCUCACACGAGCUUGCCUGGACCCCAGCAACAGGAGCCGGGCUCAUCCACACACACCACAGUAUCUGCUGUCUACUCUGUUGCCCAGCCCAGAGCUAGGGGAGCUGGAUGCUUUGGCAGAGUGCAAGGCCCAGAUGCACCUGCUGCCCACCCCUCCGGAGCCCCAGAGCUGCGGACUGAGCGCCGGCCCCGAGGCCUGGCUGUUGCGACGCCGGAGUCACGCUCUCUGGAGCGCGCUGCAGCGGACUUCACCGGCCUGGGUUCCUGCGCCUCGCGGAGGCGCCCGACGCGCGGACAGGCGGCUGCGGCAGCGCCUAGCGCAGGCCAAGCGGCGGCUGGAGGCCCUGCAGGCUGUGCUGACGGAGACCGCCCGCCGGAAAGAGUCGGCGGCGGGGCGGGCGGUGCUGGGGCUGAGCUCGCGGCUGCCGGUGCAGGCCUUCCUCCAGGCCGAGGUGCUGGGGCUGAGCCGGCUGGCGGGCGCGCUGCUGCGGGACCUCGGCUGCCUGGCUCGGCAGCUGAAGGGCGCGCCCCCCUGCGCCUCCCCGCGCUGUGCCGCGGUGGCCCACGCUCUCGGGACUGGCCGCCUACCCCCGCCGUGGCGUCCCCACGCGCCUGCCGGCCCGCAGCCGCCCUGGCACUGGCUGCGACAGCUGUCGCGCCGUGGGCAGCUGUUGGUUCGCUACCUGGGCGUGGACGCCAGAGUACCAGAGCGCAUCUUUCACCUAUCGGCCUUUGGCCACCCACGCCGCCUGCUGCUGUCACUGCGCUGGGAGGCCACCCUUGCCACGGCCGCCCGAAACCAGCGUGCGCCUAGUUCGAAUGUCCCUGCUUGCCAAGGGUCUAGCUCCAAUGAGCUCCCCGCAAAACGUCCGGAGCUGAACAGCAGCCCUUUGCACCUCCAGGUGGUGAACGGUCCAAAUCCUACUGUUCCAGAGAUGGGGCUGCUGCUGAUUGGGCUCCAGCUUCGCAACGCAGAGUGGGACCCCUUAACAGGGGCCCUGCAGGACAGCACCUCCAGCCAGCCCAGCCCUCUGCCUCCCGUCAGCGUCAGCGCCCAGGUCCGGGGCCCCAGUGACUUGGCACCCCCAGCCGGCCUGGCUGUGUAUUCCUGUCCUGUGUAUAUGGAAGGGGCCCUAGGUAUCACCAGGCUGCACAGCAGAAACAUCCUGAUGCACCUGCCCCUGCCCACAAAGCUCAGCCCCGCCACUUGUGACCAACGGAGAGUCCAUGUGUGUAGCCCACCCUUGCUGUGAGCCCUCAAGCAAAAUAAAGUUGGGGUGAUUCGA